UCGAGCGCUGGCGGCUGUCAGCUUUACUGAUGUGUGGAAGUUUUCAAAGACGGUUGUGUUGUCGCGUCACAGAUAAAUAUGUCAGUAGUUGAUGUCAGAAUGUCUUCAGCUCAAUGUUUGAGACAGUUUAUGAACGAGCGACUAAGUGCUGCUGCUGAAGAAAUAUUCUCAGAGUUUGAAAAAACCAUCGUCCAGUACGAGGAAGAGAUCAAUCGUCAGCGCAGACUGCUGGAUAUCAUCUGGAAACCACAGAUAACGUUACACACAUUAGACCUCCCACAGCAUUAUGUCUGUAAAGAGAAUGAGGUUCUUGCUGGCCUACAGCUCUGUAACUUAGAGAUUAACUCCAGUCUGGACCAAAAGGAGCCAGGACCUGUACUGUUUAAAGAGAGUCAGGAGGAACUCUGCACCAAUUUGGACCAGGAGGAGCCAGAACCUCUACAGAUUAAAGAGGAACAGGAGGAGCUCUGCACCAGUCUGGAUCAGGAGGACCCAAAGCUUCCACAGAUUAAGGCAGAAGAGCAGAUACUUUGCACCAGUCAGGAGGGACAGCAGCUUGCACUGAAGCAGGAGACUGAUAGCUUUAUGGUGACUCACAACAACAAUGUAGAAAACUCUCCCUCAUCAGAGAGUCACUUUAAUACUGACACAGGUGAGAAGCCAUAUGCUUGCAGCACUUGUGGGAAAAACUUCAGUUAUAGCGCUGCCCUUAAAGUCCACAUGAGAACUCACACAGGUGAGACACCGUACGCUUGUGAAACAUGCGGUAAAAGAUUCUAUGAGAUGUAUUUGCUGAAAUAUCACGAAAGAAUCCACACAGGUGAAAAGCCAUUCUCUUGUGAAACCUGUGGGAAAAGUUUCAGAAGUAGUGACAGCUUGACUGUCCACAUGAGAAGCCACACAGGUGAGAAGCCGCACCUUUGUAACACGUGUGGGAAAAGAUUUACCGUCUUAUCAGCAUUUAAAAGGCAUGUGGCAAUCCAUACAGGUGAAAAGCCUUAUUCUUGCAAUACAUGUGGGAAAAGCUUUACUCAAAGUGGGAAUUUGACUGUCCACAUGAGAACUCACACAGGUGAGAAGCGAUAUUGUUGCAAAACCUGUGGGAAAAGUUUUAGUCGAAGUGGUAAUUUGGUUGCCCACAUGAGAACUCACACAGAUGAGAGGUUGUUGUCCUGAAACAUCUGUGAGGAAAAGGUGUCUGAGACCCAAGCUUGAGUAAACGUGUAAGAAUUUGUUCAGGUUAAAGGUAGGUUUACUUUUAAAGCGCCUUUGGACUGUGCUUCAGCAAUGAUCCUGUGAGGAUUGUCAGGCAAAUUUGGAAGUGCUCCAACUCCUGUACCAUCAGUGUAUUGUACGUUAUCGCUCAAAUUAUGAGAUAGUUUUCCCAUAUUUACAAGUCUCAAAACUUUUUUUUUUUUUAAAUUCUGGGAAUGCCUCUAUAGACUCUUGGUGCUACCAUGUAAAUUGAAAAGAAGCCUGAGAGGAGAGACAGGCCAUCAACUUUUAUCUGUAUCAUUAUUAUGUUGUGAAAAAGCAACUCCUCCAGGUUUUAUUCUUUGCCAGAGUGACACAAACUUACAUUUUCCUGUCACCUCCUUCGUUUGAUGUGAUGUAAACUUAUUUGACAAAUGGCACUUAUGCGAUGAAGUUUGUUCUUGUGUUUGUUGAAGAUAUUUUAUAUUUCCAUGCAUUUUCCAGUUUCACAAUUUAGAGGUGACACUAAUAAAUUUUGAAAAAUA